GUGAAGGUUAGACGGGCUCUUGCUCUUGGACUUAAAGCAUCAGUUUCAGAUUUUCUACUUGUUGGAUAUUUUCAUCCUCUUACAGAAAUGAUUACAAACAAGGAGCUUGGAUGGCGAAAGCUUUUUCUGAUACUCACAGUACUUCCCUGCUGCAGGAGUUUGCAGGUUUCUAUUCCAGAUAGAGAAUAUGAGGCAGCGAGUGGAGGAGAAGUCACCAUGACCUGCUCCUUCACCCCCGCCCGACCUGUCACCAACACACUCGUCAUCACAUGGGAAGCCUACCCUGAAAACACCGGAGAACCAAUGCAAACGGUGGCCACCUACUUUUUGAACAAUCCGGUUAACAUUGCACCGAAGUAUGAAGGCCGAGCCUCUAUGGAGAUCAACCAACAAGUGAGCACACUGCGGUUAUCCAAGCUGACCGUGCAGGACAGCCGCAGUUACCAGUGCGGUGUCCUGAUCCCCAAUGAUGACGAGGGAGUAACCGCUGCCACCACUUCCCUUUUGGUCCUGGUCCCUCCGUCUCCACCGAUCUGUAAGAUUCAGGGAGAAGCAUCAUACUUUAACAACAUCAGCCUCACCUGCAUGUCUGAGGACGGAUCACCACAACCUGCAUACGAGUGGAAAAGCUUCAGUGUCAAAAGCACUGCCAGACCAUUUCCAGCUAAGACGACAGAAAAGGCUGGAGUUCUGUCUCUCUACAAUAUUUCAUUAGACACGUCUGGUUUCUUCAUUUGCACAUCAACAAAUCGAGUUGGUUCUUCCUCCUGCAACUUGACUUUGGCUGUGACGCCUGGCAGCAUGAAAAUUGGGUCCACUGUCGGUAUAAUUGUAGGAGUCCUCGCAGGCGUUGUGUUGCUGGGAAUUGUCGCCUAUUGUUGCUGCAAGAAAAAGGGCAAAAAGGAAGAGUACGCUGAAGGUUCCCCUGGAGAAGCGUCAUAUUAUGACAAAGACGCUGCCGAAGCUGGAGAGCAGUACUGGGACGACAAGUCAAAGGGUGACAUAAAGCAGGUCAAGCAGCACGAAGACAAAAAUCUUCCUGAGAGCUCCUACAGCGUAGGAGCUGCAAACAAGUUAGAGGAGGAUCAACAGAGUUAUUAUAGCAGUCAAGAAAAGCAUGCGGGCAAGGGAAGUGAUGUCGACUCUCAGCGUUACCAGGAGGACCAGCAGGAUCGCCAUCUUGGAAGUCGAGAUCGCCUUGAUGAUGAGCGUAAUCGUUACGAUGGCCGUCCUGAUCGUCUUGAAGAUGAACGUAGUAGUCAUUACAGUGGAAGCGUUGAUCCGCAAGACGACAGGCGUGAUCGUUCUGGUGAUCAACGUGAUCGUUCUGGUGGAAGUCGGGAUCGCCUUGAUGAUCAACGGGAUCGUUCUGGUGGAAGUCGGGAUCGCCUUGAUGAUCAACGGGAUCGUUCUGGUGGAAGUAGGGAUCGCCUUGAUGAGAAUCGCGAUCGUUACAGAGGCAGUCAGGACCGACUUGACGAAAAUCGUGAUCGUUCCGUCGGUAGUAGGGAUCGCCUUGAUGAAAAUCGCGAUCGUCACGGAGGCAGUCGUGAUCGUCUUGAUGACCGAUACGAUCGUCAUGGUGGAAGCCGUGAUCGCCUUGAUUACACCGAUGAUCAAAACAGAAACCGGUAUUAAUAACAAUGUGUUACUGAAUAUUCUUUAAAUGCACUGAAACACAUUUUUUGGUUGAUGCACUCUUUUAUUGGGUUAAUUGAUUGGCUUAGUGCUUGGUCUCGUCAUAAAGAAACAGCUACAUUGCAUUCUUGCAAAAACCAUACAAGUUUGUGACGUUUGUACUCAAAUAGCAUUGGUAAAAGUCCACAUUCAAAUAAUGGCUUGUCCCUAAAAUAAGGCUUUGAUUUGACAAGAAAUAUGGAAACAAAAGAGAUGUGGAUGGAUGGGUGGGUGGGUGGCAUUGUUCAUAUGAGAAAUGCGCAUGAAACCAAAAUGACCAGACUCUAGAACAAAAAUACCGGAUCUGUGGCCUUAGUGUUUUCCCUAAACCCUGCCUCCAAUCCACAGCGUCACGGACGGUCUUGGCUCAGUCAAUAUAAGGAAAUAACUCUAUAUCGUAUUGGAUAGAUGAUUUAGCUAAAAAAAAAAAAAUCCGUUGAUUCAAAGAGGCCUCUUUUC